ACGUAAGUGCUAUUCGCAAUCCUGUCGCGAAUCGAUCGCGCAAGGUCCGUUCGCAACCCAAGUGAGACCUAGUAAUGCAUAACAAUCCAUAACCCGCACGGUUUCCAUUUUAUCAGUGAAGUAAGAAAUAAAUAUCAAAAUGAGCAAACGUCUAGAAACUGUGGCCACAAUGACUUGUAUGAAGACCUUACUGAUGCUCUUCAAUUUUAUCUUUUGGAUAGGACAGGACGUUUUAAUGUGAUUCGGGCACGCCAAGUACUUCAAUGUCGUCAUGCGAUAAGAGAGGAUCUGGUAUGUUGAUGCUAUGUAUCGGUAUAUGGAUGCGCCUACAACUGCGAGAUUACAUGAACAUGGGUGUACAGGAUAGCGGAACAGCUCUGUUAGCACUUGCAAGCUUAGGUGCUGUGUUAGCACUUGCUGCAACGCUCGCCUGUUGCUGCACUGCACGUGGUCAUCCAGCUCUAUUAUAUCUGUAUGGUGCGUUCUUAGCCGUCGUGGCAUUAUUAGAACUUGGCGCAGGUGCAUCGGUUUAUGCUUAUCGUACGAACUUGAACGAGGGUUUUGAUCAAGGUCUGAACGAGAGUAUGAUAGCAUAUGGACAAGAACAUUCCAUAAGUAAUCACAUCGAUACUAUGCAAUCGACACUACAUUGUUGCGGUAAUCGUGGAUAUACUGACUGGUUUAACAUAUAUCCACCAAAAGACAUUCCACUAUCUUGUUGUAAAGUGCCACAGGAUGAAUGUAAGACAAACGACAUAGAACAAAUUUAUACUGAGGGAUGCUACAAUCGCGUUGUGGAUUUCAUAAACAGCAACAUCGGUCUGGUGGCUGGCACGGCAAUUGGUGUAGCCUUUUUUCCAUUGGUCGGUAUCUUCCUGGCAUGUUGCCUAGCCAGCAAUAUCAACAAGACUGAAUACGAACAGGUUGCUUAAGCAUGGUAUUUGCAUAAGCAACAAUACAGUUCUAUCAAAACAUACGAUUACGUCACUAGCGACGGUAGUAAAUGUAUAUGAUUUAACAGGAAAAUGAUCUUCGAUUAAACAAAUGUGCAUUUGUGUCACUUCGACUUGUUAAAUCCAAAACUUUGAUGCGAAAAAUAGGUAAAAAGUUUAUAGCUUGUAAGUCUAUUUACUUUAAAAUACAGAAUUGUAUCUAAAACAGACUUUUUAUAAAUUAUAGUUUCAUAUUAUAAUUGCUUUGUCUUUUGUAAUUCUUUACGUAAACAUUUGAUUAAUUACUGAUUACUUAUUAUUAUUUUAGUUAUAAAUUAUAUCUAUUAAUGAAUUUUAAUAUUGUUGUAUUAAAAUAGGUUUAUUUAUGUUAAUGGUUUCGAGAUAUGUGCAAUAUCUCUUUCAUUUGAAUGUGAAGAUUUCAAUCAUACAUGUAGACAUUUUUAAACAUUUAUCAUAUUAAAUACAUACCAAUUAAAAGUUU